AUGGCGCACAUGCAGGAGGUCAUCUGCCGCAGGAUGGCGCUCGCGUCCGCCACCGCGGAGGACGGCGCGUCGCGCCAGCUGUACCGCGCCGCGUUGGCGACGUUGCCCCGCGGCGGCGGCAACGGCGACGACAUUCGUCUGGGCAUCCUGCAGCUCAUGCGCGAGAACGGCAUCAAGGAGGGCCACCGGCCGGGGAUCGAGGACCCGUUCAUCGCGCAGUGGCACCAAAAGCUGCACUCCAACACGACCGUGGACGACAUCUACAUCUGCGAGGCGUACCUCCACUUCCUUCACACCGGCAACUGGGACGAUUUCUGGACGCAUCUGUGGGAUAAUCACGGCUUGAGCCGCGAGGACCUCGCGACUUCGCCCGUCACAUCUCUCCGCCCACACCUCGCUUUCAAUCCCCGACCUCGACGCCUUUCAACGCCAACUGACGCCUUUGAACUCCACCCCGACAUUCGCAUGAAGGCGGGCUGGCGCACCGAGGGCAUCCUCGGCCCCGGCAACCACCUCCCGCAGCUCAUCAACCCCAUGAAGCACUUCUACUGGAUUCUUCGCGUCACCCACGGCGGCGGUAACAUGAACUCGGCGAUGGACCACGCCAAUGGGCACAUGCCCGAAGAUAUCCAGGGGGAGAUUUACGGCGUCUUCGACAACCUCGACGAGCCGUGGGUGCCAAACAAGAUCGUCGAGCUCCGCGAACGGUUGUCCGGAACCUGGCGGUACGGCGAGCACACCAACCGCGACGUGGUGCUCCUAGACAUCGCCAUGGAGAAGUUCUACCGGAACAAGAUCGAGGGCAUGGACUUCUCCCAGUGGGACGACGAUUCCCGCCUUGGCCAACUCGAGAUGUCGAUUCGCAACGUCAUGGUGGGUCAAGAUUUCGACCGCAUGGGCGCCGCGUUUUCGUUUUUCCAAAAGGUCAACGGCGACUGCGGGCUCGCGCGCUGGAGCCCCGAGUGGUCCAAGGUGAUGGACGCCGCGCUCGAGUCCGUGUCGCUCGCCAUGGAGUACCACAUGGACGAGCUGUGCCGGCUGUCGCAGCACCCCGCCGACGUCAUCGCCGAGCAAGCCGGGUGCGAGCGGAGCUACAUCGCGAAUUUCGGCGAGGAACUCGGCGGCCUCGAGGACAUCCCACCCGGCGUCGCCGCGGUGCUCACGUCCUCGCCCGUGGAUCUGCUGUCGCACAUCGCGAUCCGCGCGAGGCAGACGGGCGUGCUCCUCGCGGCGAUGCCCGACCCCGCGGGAUGGGAGGCGUUGAUCGCGAGAGCCGGCGAGGGGGUCAAGAUUGACGUCGUGGGCGAGGAGGUGGUCGUGUCGGCGUCCGAGCUCGGCGUCGCGGCGGCGGCGUCCGCGGCGGGCGCGCCCGCAUCCGCGCCAGCGCUCGCGUUGCAGCCCAAGGCGGACGUCGACGACUGGGUCGUAGCGCCGGAGGGAUACGCCGCGGGCGUCGUCGGCGGCAAAUCCAGCUCGCUCGCGCGCCUCGGCGUCUCCCCGGCGGUCGCCGCGCACGGAAGCGUGCCCGCGUCGUCCGCGCUGCCUUUCAACGCGUUCGAGAGGGCGCUCGCCGCGGACGCGGCCACCGCGGCGAAGCUCACCGCCGCGAUCGCCGCGAUCGCCGCCGCGGACGCGAGCGGCGACGCCGCCGCGCGCCGCGCCGCGCUCGCGGAGACGCGCGCGACGAUCGAGCACGACCUCGCGAUGCCCGCCGACCUGGUCGCCCCGCUGACCGCCGCGUCCGCGGCGCACGGCGGCGCGUGCGCGCCCGAGGAUAUCUACCGCGCGGUGAAGAGAGUUUGGGCGUCCAAGUGGAACGAGCGCGCGUACCUCAGUCGCAAGGCGUGCGGCGUCGAGGAGGACGCGUUACACGUGGCGACGUUGCUCAUGGAGGUUGUCCCCGCGGAGGCGGCGUUCGUUCUGCACACGGCGAACCCGCUGACCGGGGACGCGACCGAGGUGUUCGGCGAGGUGUGCGUCGGCCUGGGCGAGGCUCUGGUCGGGAACGAGCCGGGCAGCGCGCUGUCGUUCACGGCGAGCAAAACCCCGGGCGCGGCGGUGGCGAUUCGCUCGCUGCCGUCCAAGCCCGUCGCGCACCGCGCGCCGUACACGACGAUGAUCGUCCGCUCCGACUCAAACGGCGAGGAUCUCGAGGGCUUCGCGGGCGCGGGGUUGUACGACUCCGUCACGGUCGUUCCCACGGAGUCGCACGUCGUGAACUACGCGGACGAGCCGUUGGUGUGGGACGAGGCGAAGCGCGCGGCGCUGCUGUCGCGGUUGGUGGCGUUGGCGGUCGCCGUGGAAGCGGAGACGGGCGCGCCGCAGGACAUCGAAGGGUGCGUCGUCGGGAACGAUAUAUACGUGCUUCAGAGCAGGAACCAGGUGCUGUGA